AUGGGAGAGUCCCAAGGCAACACCUCUGGCUCCCUCUCCAUCAUCCUGACUGGCUUCCCAGGAUUGGAAGAUUCCUUGUAUUGGAUGUUUAUUCUGCUUGGAGCCCUCUACUCUGUUUCCAUCCUAGGAAACUCCCUGAUCCUGGUCAUCCUCAAGGAGGAGCAGAGCCUGCACCAACCCAUGUAUUAUUUCCUGGCCAUGCUGGCCAUCAGUGACCUGGGUGUGAACUGCUCAACUCUGCCCACAGUCCUAGGCACCUUCUGCUUCAACGUCAGGGAGGUUAGCUUCGAUGCCUGCAUGACCCAGAUGUUCUUCAUCCACUCAUUCUCCUUAACGGAGUCAGGCAUCCUGCUGGCCAUGAGCUUUGACCGCUAUGUGGCCAUCUGUAACCCACUCAGAUACUCAGCGAUACUGACCGGCAGUAGCAUUGUCAAGAUGGGUUUGGCCAUUUUAGUACGCAGCUUCAUUUUGAUCCUUCCUUUACCCUUCCUCCUGAGGAGACUGCCAUUUUGCAAGGUCAACAUCCUGCAUCACGCUUACUGUCUCCAUCCCGACCUCAUCCACCUGCCCUGUGGGGACACCACCUUCAACAGCUUAUUUGGCCUAUUCAUCGUGCUCUCCACAUUCGGACUGGACUCCGUGCUCAUCUUCCUUUCCUACGUCCUGAUCCUCAGGUCCGUCCUGACCAUCGUGUCCCAGUCAGGGCAGUCCAAGGCCCUCAACACCUGUAUCUCCCACAUCUGUGCGGUGCUCAUCUUCUACAUCCCCAUGCUGGGCGUGUCCAUGAUUCACCGGUAUGGGAAACGGGCCCCUCCAUUCAUCCACACAUUGAUGUCCAUCGUCUAUCUCUUCGUGCCACCCAUGCUUAACCCCAUCAUCUAUAGCAUCAAGACCAAGGAUAUCUACAAAAAGAUGGACAAGAUGCUCUCUGGUGCUUUCGGGGUAGGAAGAAACAUCAGCCAGCACAAACAAUAG